ACCUCUUUCGUCUCGAACAGGCGCGCUUCAAGCUUCAAUUAGUAACUCUCGCGCGCAGAAUCCUGCGCAGAGAUCAAACGAAACCCUAAUGCCGAGAUAAGAUUCCUUUCCCCUUUCCCUCUUUUCACUCCACAGUAAACCCUGUCUCUCUCUCUCUUACUAUCUCUACUGGAAGGGAUCGGGAGCUUGAGAAAAGAAGACUGGGAGUCGUCGCUGUGAGACCCCCGGCCAUUGAUAAGUUAGGUUUGGGAGGAACCUCAUCAGUUGACAGUGAGAUAACAUGCUGGCAUCCAAAACAAAGAAUGGGUCAUCAAAAGUUCCUGUUAAGACAUCUCCAACCACGCCUAAAUCAUCUCGAGCAUCUAAAACAUCUCGAUCUGAAAUUGACCCAGCCGCUUCGAAGAUCACACCUUCAAAUUCCUCGACCGAGAGAAGCCCAAAGAUUAUCGAUCGCCGGUCGCCUAAAAGCCCAGACAUUGAGAAGAGACGACUAAGCAGAUCAAGUGAGCUAAAAUCCGAGUUCGCUCUGCUUCAAGAGGAACUGAAGAAGAUGAAGGAACAUCUGAGCUCAUCUGAAUCAUCAAAGCAGCAGCUACAGCAGGAAGCUGAUGAAGCCGAGAGAAAGCUCAUCGCCAAGUCGGAAAAAUUUGAGGAAUCACAGUUACAGUUGUUGGUGCUUUCCACUGCUGAAGAAAAUCGACUCGAGGAACUUCGUGAGGUCUCCCAGGAACGGGAUAAGGCAUGGCAGAAAGAGCUCGAGGCCCUCCAGAAACAGCACUCAGUCGUCUCAACCGCCCUCUCGGCCACCAUGAAUGAGAUUCAGAUGCUCAAGCAGCAGCUCAAUGUUUCGAAAUCAGAAGCAGCUCAUGCUGACAAGUCUGAAACGAUGAAAUGUGAACUCGAAACCUUGAAGGAAGAAAUGGCAGACACUCUGUCCGUCAUUGAGGAACUUAAAACUCAGUACAGGGAGAGAGAGUUGGCUGAAGAAGCAGCAAAAUUUACUGUUUCUGAAACCCAGAAACAGUUAGAAAUCUCUAAUGCUACCAUCAUGACUCUUCAUGCUGAUAAUUCCGAUCUAUUCGAGUCCAUGAACUCUCUAACAUCCAAGCUCGAAGAAUCUAAAAUUCGAAUUGGCGCUCUUGAAGAAAUCAUAACAGAAUAUCAGAAAGUUGAAGAAGAUGAUCGAGUCGAAAAAACAAAUCCUUCGUGCAAGCUCGAAUCUGAAGCUUCAAAAUUCGAAUUGAAGCAGUUGGAAUCCGCUCUUAAAUUUGUCGAAGCGAAGCGACACGACGAGCAAAUUCGAACGAAAGUUCAAAUCCAGUCUGCAUAUGAAGCUGCUGAGCUUACAAAGUUCAAUGCGAGGUUGAGAGAAUCAGAACUAGAAUCAACCACAGAGAAAGCAAAAAUUGAACUUUCGGAGUUGAAAGAACGAUUGAUCGAUAUGCAAAGGGAAGUCAGCCGAAUAUUGGGGAUGAACAAGGAGCUGAAAGAGGAAAUGAAGAAUGGUGAGUCUAACCGAGUCGAGACUGAGUUGAAGCUGAUAAAGGCUACAAUAGAAGUUACAGAGCUGGAAGCAAACCUCUUGGAGAAGAACACAGCUCUCCAAGCCAUAUUGGAAGAAAAUGAAACACUGAAUUCAGAGCUCACCAAGAGAGAAAGUGAACAUCAAGUUAAAUAUAAUGCAGCCAUUGUUGAUGCUCAGAAAGCAUGGGCUGCAGAGAAGGAAGCACUGAAAAGAACAGAUCUUGAAGAAGAAGCAGCAGAAAAGAGCAGCAAGAGGGCAGUGAAGGUUUUAGAGCAGCUGGAAGAAGCUAAGGCUGUGAACUUGGGAAUAGAAGCUGAGCUGAAGAGGCUUAAGGUGCAUUCAGAUCAAUGGAGGAAGGCAGCCGAAGCUGCUUCAGAAAUUCUCAUGCCUGGAAACAAUGGAAGAUUGGCUGAGGAUUCUGAGAACUACUCCAUCUCUGGUAAGCUGACGAACCCGCCUUUUUCCGACGAGUUUGAUGAUGAUUUGCCGGAGAAGAAGAGCAGCAGUGUGGUGAGGAAGCUUGGAGGAUUAUGGAAGAAGAGCUCAAAGUGAGUUUCUUAAAAUCCUAAAACUUUUGCAGAACUUCCAGCAAUUCAGGGAUUUGGGAACUUUUGGCUCUAUCCCAUUUCUAUGGAACUAAGGAAAUUUGACCUUGGCUGUACUGAAAAUAUUAAGGUAUGAAUAUUUUGUACUCAGAGGGGAGAAAAUGGCCAUUUUUACACUGAAAACAGCCAUGGAUAUUUGUCCUAUUUCAAUUUUUAUUAAUGUGCAAGGCCUUUUUUUGUUUUACUCACAUACUUGAGAAUGUUUGCUGUGGUCUGACAUUUACAUCCAUACCACCUAAUUCCAAUGUAUUUAUACAUCUAACAC